AUGACUUCGAUUCCAGUGACUUCUGAUGCCGCUGCCAACUGGGAUUGGCCGUUGCAGCACAACGAUGGUGUUGUUAAGGUUACCAACACCAAGGAGAAGUUCGAGGUUGGACUUGACGCUGGAUUCUUCGGACCCAACGACAUUGAUGUCAAAGUCAAUGGAAAUGAAUUGAUCAUUCACCUCCGUCACGAGAACCGCUCAUCGGACUUUGGGAUCGUCAACCGCGAGAUCCACCGCACCUACAAGCUUCCAGAUGACAUUGACACCACCACUGUUCGCUCGCACCUCAACAACCGCGGAGUUCUUACUAUUAGCGCUGACAAGAAGCAAUAG